AUGUUUACACUUAGGAAAAGAAAGUUGGUGUAUAUCCUUCUUGCUAUUACAACAUUCUUGUUGCUAGCGCUUCAUUCAAAGUUAAUCAACCAUCCACAACUACCCAACGCGGACUGGUCACUCACUUCGUUUGGGGAAAAGUUUGACUUUUCUUACUUGCCAAACCUAAGCGAUAGUUUGAAAAACACGUAUAACCUGUGGAAUUUGAAAUCUUCCAAUACAGACACACUUCAAGCGGCAAUAAUUGAACCAAAUAAUGUCCAAUUUAACUUUGUUAACAAUGCCAACAACAAGGGAACACCAGAAGAGGUGGUUGCCCGGACUACUAAGAAAUAUACCGAGUUGAUGAAUAAAGAAGUGGGCAAGCCACAAGAUGCGUCAUUGGUUCCACCACCGGAGGAUAAACUGACUUAUGAUCGAGCAAAUGCCACCAUCUUGGCAUUAGUUAGGAACUCAGAGUUGACCAAGAUUGGACAAAGUAUUAGGAGGUUUCAAAAGCUGUUUAAUGGCAAAUUCAACUACCCUUAUACGUUUAUCAAUGAUGAGCCAUUUUCGGAUAGAUUCAAGGAAAGGAUCAAAAAGUAUACUGAAGAUGCACCAGUGGAAUUUGUCACCAUAAAACCAGAGAAUUGGAAGAAACCCGAUUCAAUAGACGAAGCUAAAGAAUCUAAGGCUAUGCAACUUAUGUAUGAUCACAAUGUCGCCUAUGCCAAGAAGGGAUCAUAUCACAACAUGUGUCGUUUCUAUCUGGGUCAAUUUUACAAUGUGCCUGAACUACAAAAGUAUAAAUAUUAUUGGAGAAUUGAACCACAAGUGCACUUUUAUACCGAUGUCACUUAUGAUGUUUUCAAAUACAUGGAAACAACAGGGAAAGUAUAUGGUUUCACUGUCGGUUUAUACGAUAUCGAAGAAACAGUAAAGACCUUGUGGCCAGAAACUUUGAAGUUUUUAAACACAGGUAACAACUACAAAUAUGUAAAUAAAAAUGGAAGUUUCCAAUGGUUGUUGGAGAACUUGCAAAAUCCAAACAAGAAUAAAGUUGCUGGUGGUUAUUCAACGUGUCAUUUCUGGUCAAAUUUCGAGAUUGGUGAUAUGGAUUUCUUUAGAGGCGAAGCAUACAAUAAUUGGUUUAAGCACUUGGAUUCAACAGGUGGGUUCUAUUACGAAAGAUGGGGCGAUGCACCGGUACAUUCGAUUGGUGUAAGCUUAUUUGCUGAUAAAUCCAAGAUUCAUUGGUUUAGAGACUUGGGAUACAACCAUGAUCCUUAUUACAAUUGUGCCAAUACACCAUUUACUUCACAUUGUCUAGUGGGUAAAUUCAGUCGAUACGAACAUUUAAAUGAUCAAAAUUGUUUAAUCAAUUGGCUAGAAUAUGAUGAAAUUAAAGAUGUUUAUAGUAGAAGUUAG